UGUCGAUUCUUGCCUUUAAAGAGUCUUAAAACAAAGGCAGCUACUUCUCAACAGUGUGACAUCAGAGGCAGCCGAAUCUAACUGUGGCUCAAGCGCUUAUCUAAAUGAACUUUAUUGACAACGCUUUUAAAAAUUACUUCACAGAGUAAAGAUGCAGAUCUUUGUGAAGACCCUGACUGGUAAGACCAUCACUCUGGAGGUUGAACCCAACGACACCAUUGAGAAUGUCAAAGCUAAGAUCCAGGAUAAGGAAGGCAUCCCUCCAGAGCAGCAGAGGCUCAUCUUUGCCGGCAAGCAGCUGGAAGACGGCCGCACUCUCUCCGACUACAACAUCCAGAAAGACUCCUCCAUCCAUCUUGUGCUCCGCCUGAGAGGAGGGAUUCAGAUCUUUGUGAAGACCCUCACAGGCAAGACCAUCACUCUGGAGGUUGAACCCAACGACACCAUUGAGAAUGUCAAAGCUAAGAUCCAGGAUAAGGAAGGCAUCCCUCCAGAGCAGCAGAGGCUCAUCUUUGCCGGCAAGCAGCUGGAAGACGGCCGCACUCUCUACGACUACAACAUCCAGAAAGACUCCUCCAUCCAUCUGGUCUUGCGGCUGAGAGGAGGUAUGUAGGUCUUUGUGACCCUGACUGGUAAGACCAUCACUCUGGAGGUUGAACCCAGCGACACCAUUGAGAAGGUCAAAGCUAAAAUCCAGGAUAAGGAAGGCAUCCCUCCUGCUCAGCAGAGGCUGAUCUUUGCAAGCAGCUGGAAGAUGAUCCAGAAAGAGUCCACCCUCCAUCUUGUGCUCCGUCUGAGAGGAGGGAUUCAGAUCUUUGUGAAGACCCUACAGGAUAUGGAAGGCAUCCAUCCAGACCAGCAGAGGCUCAUCUUCUCGGGCAAACGGCUGGAAGAUGGGCACCCUCUUUCCGACUAAAAUCAAAAGGAAUCCACCCUCCAUCUUGUGCUCUGCUGAAAUGUUCUAUUUUUAUUUUGAAAGAGGUGCAUGCAUGGAAAUCGUGCUGUUACGUGUUGAUCAUUUCUAAUAAAUGGCUUCCCACUGUCAA